AUGAGUUUGAAGGCCCCACCCACAAUCCUGGAGUUGGCAGUAAAAAAUCUCCUGGGGAAUCAGGACUUCACCAUUUCAGUAUUGCAGGAGAUGCCCACGGAAUUCUUUCCAUCCCUGUUCAAGGAGGCUUUCAACAGAAGAUGCAUGAGGAUACUGCCAGCAUUGGUGUCAUCAUGGCCUUUUGCAUGCCUCCCUGUGGGGGCAAUGAUGAAGGUCCCAGAUGUGAUGAUAUUACAAGCUGUACUUGCUGGUAUUGAUAUGCUGUUGACACAGAAGGUUCACCUCAGAAGUUCAAAGCUUCAAGUCCUGGACCUAAGGAAUGAGCACAAUCGCUUCUGGGAUGUAUGGGCUGGACUAGAAGGUUUAGCCUGCUCAAAAGGAAUGUUGAGUGAGGAGCAAAAAUGCAAAGGCCUCCCUAGAUAUGCCCUGAGGCAACCCUUGAAGGUGGUGACUGAUUUUGAGCUAAAAGCUGAACUGGAUGAGCAACAAGCAUACUUGCUGCAGUGGGCCCAGCAGCAGAAAAGGUCCGUGAAGCUUUACUGUAUGAAGAUGACAAUCUGUGAAACUUCUGUGGAGCUUAUCAAGGCCGUCUUGAAAACCUUCCCACAAGACUCUGUGGAGGAACUUGAAUUAUCCAGAAACUGGAGUCUGGCCACACUGAGUCGUUUUGCACCUUGCUUAGGUCAGAUGAGAAAUUUGCACAAACUCCAUCUAGACCGAAUUGACAUGUACACUGACAUAGGUACAAAUCCUUUGACAGAUAGAGAGGAGAAACGUGAAUCUAAGUUCAUGUCUAAGAUCUUCAAAUUAAACUGCCUCCGGCACCUUUCAAUGAAUUAUAUAUUCUUUUCUGGUCAGCUCCUGAAACACUUGUGCAGAUCCAUGAUGUGCCCUGUGGAGUCUCUUUCCAUCCAAGGCUGCUUGUUGUCUGAGCCAGACCUGGAACAUCUGUGUUUGUGGCCGAGGCUUUAUCAGCUGAAACAUCUGAAACUACAUGGUCUAUCAUUACUCAACUUAAGUCCUACACAUCUCCAGUUUCUCCUUGAGAAGGUAUCAGACAGUCUGCAGACUCUGGAGUUACAGCACUGCUUGAUCAGUGAUUCUCAACUUAGGGCCCUGCUGCCUGCCCUGAGCAAGUGCUCCAAGCUCAAUAGGGUCAAUUUUUUUGACAAUGACAUUUCUACAUCUCUCCUGAAGGACCUUCUGCAUUGCAUGGCCAAUCUAAGCACGCUGACUGAGGAGUUCUACCCUGCCCCACUGGAGUGCUAUGAUCAAGGUGGUCUUGUCCUCCUCAUGGACAGAUUUGCCAAUCUGUGUCCUGAUCUCCUGAAUAUACUCAGGUCCAAAAGACAUCCCAAGAAAGGCUCAUUUGGUACAACAUUCUGCCAUAAAUGUUUACGGCGCUGCAUCUAUGACCUGAGGACUGGAUUUUGUCCUUGUCAUAAAAAAAGAUAG